UGAGUUCAGAGUCUGAAUCAUGAAGAGCAGAAGAGCUCACUGGGAGUGGUGCGGACAUUGUGCAAUAUGCGAAUAGAACACGCUACUCGUGUGAAGUUAUAAUGCAGCUGCGCACGGACCCCGCCGCUGCCGCUGACCUCCGUCAAGUGUUCAAGAUAAAGUCGCGCAGACAGUGAUAGCGGAGACCGGACGCGUACAGGACGAACCCGCAGAAUAAGAGUGUGCCUGUGAGACUGGAGGAGAGAUGGGGAACGCGGGGAGCAUGAACCAACACACUGACCCCAGAGGACACCACAUGCCCCUCAAACUGCCCAUGCCCGAGCCGGCCGAGCUGGAGGAGAGAUUUGCGCUCGUCCUGAACUCAAUGAACUUGCCUCCAGACAAAGCAAGAUUACUUCGGCAGUACGACAACGAGAAAAAAUGGGAACUCAUUUGCGACCAGGAACGAUUCCAAGUGAAGAAUCCUCCUCACACAUACAUCCACAAGCUACAGAGUUAUCUUGACCCAGCUGUUACCAGGAAGAAGUUCAGGAGGAGAGUGCAGGAGUCCACACAGGUCCUGCGGGAGCUGGAAAUCUCAUUACGGACCAAUCACAUCGGGUGGGUGCGGGAGUUUUUGAAUGAGGAGAACAAGGGUUUGGAUGUGUUGGUGGAGUAUCUUUCGUUUGCACAGUAUGCUGUCACGUAUGACGGUGACAGUUCUGAGAACAGCACAGAAAACUCUAUGGAUAAAUCCAAACCCUGGAACCGAUCGAUUGAAGACCUCCACGGAGGAAACCACCUCUCAUCAGCUGUCACAGGCAACAGCAUCUCCAGAGCCAGCAGACAUUCAACCAUAAGGUCUAACACGUUACCCAGCCGGAGGACACUGAAGAAUUCCAGAUUAGUAUGUAAGAAAGAUGACGUUCAUGUGUGCAUCAUGUGUCUACGAGCCAUCAUGAACUACCAGUAUGGCUUCAACAUGGUCAUGUCUCACCCUCAUGCUGUGAAUGAAAUUGCACUAAGUCUGAACAAUAAGAAUCCCAGGACUAAAGCUCUGGUUCUGGAGCUGCUGGCCGCUGUGUGUCUGGUUCGAGGAGGUCAUGAGAUUAUUCUCUCCGCCUUUGAUCAUUUUAAAGAGGUGUGUUCAGAAGAUCAGCGCUUUGAGAAGCUCAUGGAGCAUUUCAAGAACGAAGAUAAUAACAUCGACUUCAUGGUGGCGUGCAUGCAGUUCAUAAACAUUGUGGUUCAUUCUGUGGAAGACAUGAAUUUCAGAGUGCACUUACAGUACGACUUCACAAAGCUGGGUCUGGACGAAUAUCUGGACAAACUGAAGCACACCGAGAGUGAUAAGCUGCAUGUGCAGAUUCAGGCAUACCUGGAUAACGUGUUCGAUGUGGGAGCUCUGUUAGAGGACGCAGAGACCAAGAACGCAGCGCUGGAGAGAGUGGAGGAGCUGGAAGAGAACAUGUCUCACCUGACAGAGAAGUUGCAGGACACAGAGAAUGAGGCGAUGGCAAAAAUCGUUGAGCUGGAGAAACAACUGAUGCACAAAAAUAAAGAGCUGGAGUCUGUUCGGGAGGUGUAUAAAGACGCCAGCUCUCAGGUGCACACCCUGCGGAGGAUGGUGAAGGAGAAGGACGAGGCCAUUCAAAAACAGAGCAACCUGGAGAAGAAGAUCCACGAGCUGGAGAAACAGGGAACCAUCAAGAUCCAGAAGAAAGCGGACGGGGACAUUGCCAUCCUGACGCACCCUCCGCAAGGGAACGGGCAUCCGCCGGGGUCCCAGGGAGGUGCUGGGUUGUCCGGUGAGGGCACGGUCGGUCACGGAGGGGUGUCUAACGGGGCGGUGCAUGGCCUGACCAUGCCUGAUCCUCCACCUCCUCCUAUGCCAGAGACACUACCAAACGGUCCAUCUGCUGCUCCAGCGCCAGCUCCUCCUCCUCCUCCUCCUCCUCCUCCUCCUCCUCCUGCUGUGGAUAUAUCUGCCCCUAUGCCCCCUCCACCGCCCCCCAUGGCUCCUCCACUUCCAGGCUGCGGAUCUCCCACCGUCAUCAUGAACUCAGGACUGGCAGCUGUGAAGAUCAAGAAACCCAUCAAGACUAAGUUCCGCAUGCCGGUGUUUAACUGGGUGGCACUGAAGCCCAAUCAGAUCAACGGCACUGUGUUCAACGAGAUCGACGACGAACGAAUACUGGAGGAUCUGAAUGUGGAUGAGUUUGAGGAGAUGUUUAAGACGAAAGCUCAGGGGCCUGCCAUAGACAUCACCUCCAGCAAACAGAAGACCUCUCAGAAAGGACCAAAUAAAAUCUCGCUGCUGGACGCCAACAGAGCCAAAAACCUGGCCAUCACACUCAGAAAAGUGGGCAAGACAUCAGAGGAGAUCUGCAGAGCCAUUCAAAUGUUUGACCUGCGGACCUUGCCGGUGGAUUUUGUGGAGUGUUUGAUGAGGUUCAUUCCAACGGAAGCGGAGCUGAAAGUUCUCCGGCAGUACGAGAAGGAACGCAAGCCUCUGGAGAACCUGACGGAUGAGGACCGCUUCAUGAUCCAGUUCAGCAAGAUCGAGCGUCUCAUGCAGAAGAUGACCAUCAUGGCGUUCGUGGGCAAUUUCACAGAAAGUAUUCAGAUGCUCACACCGCAACUUCACGCCGUUAUUGCAGCUUCUGUCUCCAUCAAGUCUUCACAAAAACUCAAGAAGAUUCUGGAAAUCAUCUUGGCUCUGGGAAACUACAUGAACAGCAGUAAAAGAGGAGCGGUGUACGGCUUCAAGCUGCAGAGCUUAGACCUGUUAUUAGACACUAAAUCAACUGACCGCAAGAUCACUCUUCUGCACUAUAUCGCCAACGUAGUGAAGGAUAAAUAUCAGCAGGUGUCGCUCUUCUAUAAUGAGCUGAACUACGUGGAGAAAGCUGCAGCAGUCUCUCUGGAGAAUGUCUUAUUAGACGUGAAGGAGCUUCAGAGAGGGAUGGACCUGACGAGGAGAGAGUACAGCAUGCACGGCCACAACACGCUGCUCAAAGAUUUCAUACAGCAAAAUGAGAACAAACUCAAAAAGCUGCAGGACGAUGCCAAGAUCGCUCAGGAUGCCUUUGACGAAGUGGUGAAAUUCUUUGGAGAAAACUCCAAAACAACACCCCCGUCUGUGUUUUUUCCAGUGUUUGUGCGCUUUGUGAAAGCAUACAGGCAAGCAGAGGAGGAUAACGAACAGAAGAAAAGACAGGAGCAGAUGAUGAUGGAGAAGCUGAUCGAGCAAGAAGCUAUGAUGGCGCAAGAGGAUCAGAAGUCUCCCUCUCAUAAGAACAAGCGUCAGCAGCAGGAGUUAAUCGCGGAGCUGAGGAAGAAGCAGGUGAAGGACAGCAGACAUGUGUACGAGGGUAAAGACGGAGCCAUUGAGGACAUCAUCACAGAUCUGAGAAACCAGCCUUACAGGCGCGCUGACGCCGUCAGGAGGAGCAUUCGAAGACGCUUUGAUGAUCAGAAUUUGCGGCCAAUGAACAAUGCAGAGAUGGUCAUGUGACGAGGGCAGAGUGGAUGUGAUUGGAUGGGCUGGAGGAACGGAGGAGGAGCUAAUGAAGGACUGAUGAUGAUGAUGAUGACGGCAGGUCUGAAAGCCAAGUGCCUACGUUUAACAUCUGCCCCAUCAGGUGUUGAAAUAUACAUGUGUUCUAGUCUUCUGUCUGUGAAUUUUUAUAUGACAAACGAUGUCUUUUUUUUAACGGUGCUUCAAUUGUACGGCGAGAUCAGCGUUCUUCUUGAGAAAGCGACUGAAUGUAAACACUUUAUGUAUCAUGGACCUGUACAGAGGCUUUUACAUUCCAGUGCUUUCACCACAGGCGUGUGUUUUUUCCCUAUUCCAAACUGUGCCGUUCACAUUGGGGGCACGUUCAAACAGAGCGGAAUACAGUUUGAGAAGCAUUUGAAAGGUUUGUAAAAGCUGUAAAAAUAUGUCGACGGGUUGAGAUGCUGCAGGGUGUGACAGUUCCUGAUUUUAGAGUAUUUAAAUGCGUUGCUCCCUGUGGUCUAGGCCACCUGAGAGCAUGUGCGCCACAGUAAGUUCACCGGACUGUCCCGGGUCUUAAAAAUACCCAAUCACCCCAAUGUUACAUAGGAACUUCUAAACAGUCAUUUACAUAUUUAUUUUUAAAAUAUUGAAAAUUUAAUGCGUAAAUAAAUCUCUGCAAAAACUAGGGCUGUCAAAUGAUUAUUUGCGAUUAAUCACAUCCAUUUUUAUCUACGUAAUAUAUAAUAUGCGUGUGUGUGUGCCGUGUAUAUUUUUAAUGUAAGGGACGAUACGUUAUCCCGCUUAUUACACGGCUUCUUGCCACAAAAGUAAAUAAUCAGACAAACAGAAACAUCGAUCUUCGUUUUUAUUUUUUUACAUUUUUUUUAAACUGGGGAGUCAGUCGAGUCAUCUUCUAUCCACUGCUGAAAACGUCUGUUUUUUUUCCAUUCGUGUUGAAAUUAAUGUAGAAGUCCAUUUUAACUUGUGGUUAAGCGUUUUAAGCCGCAACAUACUACGCAAAGAUGUAUUUCCCUAGAUGUCUCGUUAGCCACUGGUUCUAUGGGGCACGGUACUUCCGCCAUAUUGUAGAAGUCUGAUUUGACGUCAUUCCCCAUAGUAAUCAAUGAAUAUUCAGCUUCAAUUGUUUUUUGUUGUUUUUUUUACGUGCCUGGAGUGGUUUAAUAAGGCAUCUAUGGUGAUACAUAGGGCAAGAUGAUUCGUAGUGCUAUUUGUUUUACCAGUUGUUAUCUGGGAAUAACAAACCUUGGACUGACCAAUCAGAAUCGAGUAUUCCACGAAGCCGCGUAAUAGGUAGCCUAUAUAUAAAUACACAUGCAUGUAUAUAUUUCAGAAAAAUAUGUUUAGAUAUGAAAUAUAUGUGACAAUAUAAAUAUAUUUUGAAAAUAUUUGCAUGCAUACAUGCUGUAUUUUUGUGUAUUUAUAUAAACAUCAUAAAAUAUACACGGUACACAUAUACUAUGUAAACAAAAACGUAUUUUGGAAGGAGUUAAUUGUUAUUAAUUGCUUGACAGCGUGAGCAAAAACUUUACUUACUUUCCACACUGGUUACCCAAUGGCAUACAGUCCUGCCCUCCUAAAAACAGCAACACUAUGUCAUAAAAAAGUUAUAUGAAUUUGUACAACCUCACUUUCGUAUGAAAAUGGGGAACCUGGGGAAAUAUGUAGGAUUUGGUAAAAAAAAAAUAACCCACUUCGUAAAUUUUUACUAAUUACUAGAGAUCAGGCUGGAAAGGGCUUUGAAGUGAGCACAUACAACAAUCGCACGUGUGGGUACUCUUAAAAAAAUCAUUGUAAAUGAACAAACCAGUCAGUUGUCUGCGUGACUAAUUGACAUCCUGGUCCGACCUAAUCAGAAGGUGCUGAUCCCAGUCACGGUGAAGUUACUGCAGGGUGCUGCGCUGCUGGGCCACAGAAUCAGAUGAAGGAGUUCGGUUAAGUAGGAGAGGGUGUAAAGAACGGCGCGUUAUAUAAAACAUGAUGUUAAGCGCAAGGGACAAAGGCAAAUGGGAAAUAUAAAGCAGAGGCAGCAGAACUCCGGUACCUCAUGUUUCUAAUAAAAUAAAACGCUGCACAAACAAGACCGCAUUAGGUUUCGCUCCUCAAACCGCGGGUUGGUUAGAUUACCUAAGCACCAGUACUUCCGCAGCCUUUACAAAUUACGGCAAUCUCAAAAGUUCUUUGGCUAAUUAGGUGAAGCUCUGUGCUCUGCCAAAACCUUGUUUACAACAAAGCGCUUCAAAUGAAAUUUUAUGGGGCAAGACCUUGCGCAGAAUCGGAUCUAAAAGUAGCUUUUUAACCUAAAACAUCAAGACUUAAUCCAUGUUCGCUCCUGACUUCUGCGAUACAAACUAAUUUUGUCUUUAAACAGCAAUAAUAUAACACUCCUGUAAAAGCCAUGCGACCGGACGACUUGGCCAGAGGUUAACACAACCAGAAGCACACAGAAGUCUCUGCUAAUACUACAAAACACGCCAGCUCAAAAAAACACGACCUUCGCUUUUCGUCUUCAUUUAAAAACCUUGUGCUUGCCCUAUAGACUUGCAUUGGAAGUGCACGGAGGUAAAUGGAAUAUUGUGUUUUAUAAACAGAGGACUGAAUACGUGUCCGUGGAUGGAUGCCGUUUGGAACACAGAAUAUUCCUUUAUGAAUUUUAAGCACUUGCCACAAUUUACUACAUUGGUGACGUUGGCUCUUGCUCUUCAUUACGCAAGAUCAGGUCUCAGUUGCUGUAAGCUCGGCUUGUUUCAGCGCUGUAGGUCUGAUCAUGGGAAAUGAGGCUUGUUUUAUAAACUGAAUGGUGUGGUUCUGUAAUGACCCGCACAGAGAAAAAAAAAAAAAAAAAAAAAUCACAUUUCUUGAGAUGUGUAAUUCUAUUUAAAAGAAAAAAAUAUAUAAAAAUCACAAAAAAAACAUUUGUUAAAUGUACAGAUAUUUUGCUAUAAAAUGUGUUGCAUCUUUUUAACUUUUUAAUCUUCUAAUAUUGUACAUAUUGUUUAAAAACAAUACCGUUUAAAAAUCAUUCUGUACUACAACUUUUGGAUAUUUUAACUUAUAGUUUGCUCUUUUUUUCCUGCAUUUUAUAUUUAAUAAAACUGAAAACCUGAACCAGGUCUUUUAGACAGGCGUCCAUGUCACGCUAGAAUGUUUUCUUCCACAUUAAAACAUGUCAGAAAUCAGACGGAGCGGUAGACGUGCGUCUCGUCUCUCUACAUUCCACUUAUAAAAACUAUAUGAAACUGGCUUUUUUUUUUUUCUCCAUGCAAUUAAUGUAUCAUGGCAUUGAAUGCUUACAGUACUGCAAAAAUCUGUUCUCAGAUUUAAAGUUAGAUGAUUUCUCUAUGUCCAAUUAAACUAUUUACACAA